AUGGGCAAAUUCACAAAAGACAAAAGAGUAUAAAGAAAUUCAUCAUAUUCUAAAUAAGUAUUUUAUAAUAUACCUACGACCUAUAUAUUUAUCACUAUAACAGCACUUUUCACCAUAUUUAGGAUAUUUAUUAUAGGAAAGCAAAAGAAGAUUAAUUUAGAGCCAGAUCUGCCUAUAAGUUAUUACAGAUAGAUGAUUCCUUCUAAAUAUUUAGAUAAGUAGAGAGAGCAAUUGAUUUAUGUGCUGCACCUGUUGAGCGAAAAGAAUUACCUUCCAUCAGAAAGUUGUAGAAUAGUAUCAGUGGAUUUGCAAGAGAUGGCUCCAUUGGAUCAUGUCACAUAAAUUCAAGGAGAUAUAACCAAAAAAACGACUGUGGAUGAGAUCUUGAAAAAGUUCAAUUAUUAAAGAGCAGAUAUAAUUGUUUGUGAUGGAGCACCUGAUGUCACAGGGUUUCAUGAUAUUGAUUAUUACAUUUAAUCAUAAUUGAUAGUUGCUGCAUUAAACAUCUGCUUGAUGACAUUAAGAGAAAAUGGAAUUUUUGUUGCUAAAAUAUUUAAAGGCUCAGAUAUCAAAUUGUUGUAUUCACAGUUUAAAUUGUUCUUCAAUUAAGUGUAUUUUAUGAAACCAAAAUCAAGCAGAGCUUCAAGUGUUGAAUAUUUUAUUAUAUGUCUUCAAUACACUCCCAAAAUAUAAACUCAGAAUUUCCACCUCUAUACAUUUUUAAAAGAAAUUGAAGAAGCAGAAAAAUAGAAAUAGGAAGAAAUAAUAGAUAAAGAAACAGAGAACGAAUAGUCCAAAUAUUACAAAUUUAUUACAUGUGGAGAUUUAUCUGGAUUUGAUGAAAAUUGA